GGUGACUCCCGCCUCCGACCGGACACUUAUAAGUUGGGUUCAGUUUGCUCAGUUUGCUGUUGGUGUCAAACGUGGAUGUCGAGCUCUUUGGAGAGUACAGUAAUUUCCAAUUAACUUAACGGAAAGAGUCCCACCGAGCUCACACUUUUUCUCCCUGUAACUUUCCAGUGAAGGCUCCUUGAGGAUGGGUGAUUGGAGUGCUCUUGGUCGUUUGCUGGAUAAGGUCCAGGCCUACUCCACUGCUGGGGGGAAGGUCUGGCUAUCUGUCCUCUUCAUCUUUAGAAUCCUGGUCCUGGGCACAGCAGUAGAAUCUGCCUGGGGAGAUGAGCAGUCUGCCUUCAAAUGCAACACCCAACAGCCUGGUUGUGAGAACGUCUGCUAUGACAAAUCCUUCCCCAUCUCACAUGUCAGAUUUUGGGUCCUCCAGAUCAUCUUCGUAUCAACUCCGACACUACUUUAUCUGGCUCAUGUAUUUUAUCUGAAUAGGAAGGAACAGAAACUGAAUAGGAAGGAGGAAGUGCUCAAAGUUGUACAAAAUGAUGGGGGUGAUGUUGAACUCCCUCUGAAGAAAAUUGAAAUGAAAAAGCUCAAAUAUGGCAUUGACGAGCAUGGCAAAGUAAAGAUGAAGGGAGCACUGCUCAGAACCUAUAUAGUCAGCAUUUUUUUUAAGUCUGUGUUUGAAGUGGGCUUUCUUGUGAUCCAGUGGUACAUUUAUGGUUUUACCUUGUCAGCGGUCUAUACCUGUGAGAGAUCUCCAUGCCCACACAGGGUGGACUGUUUCCUGUCCCGUCCCACAGAAAAGACUGUCUUCAUAAUCUUCAUGCUCGUAGUUUCACUGGUAUCCCUGUUGCUUAAUGUCAUUGAACUCUUUUAUGUGUUUUUCAAGAGGAUCAAAGAUCGUGUGAAGGGUCAACAGCAGCCCACUCUCUACCCUGGCGGGGGCACUUUGAGCCCAACCCCUAAGGAACUCUCCACAACCAAGUAUGCUUACUAUAAUGGCUGCUCUUCCCCUACUGCACCACUCUCACCGAUGUCGCCCCCAGGUUACAAGUUAGCCACUGGAGAGAGGGGGACAGGCUCGUGUCGUAAUUUUAACAAACAGGCCCAUGAGCAGAACUGGGCCAACUAUUCCACAGAGCAAAACCGCCUUGGCCAGAUUGGAGGAGGAGGGAGCACUAUUUCAAACUCCCAUGCACAAGCCUUUGACUUCCCAGACGAAACCCAUGAGCAUAAGAAACUGUCCUCAUCAGCAGGACACGAGAUGCAACCACUGGCCCUGAUGGACGCCAGGCCUUGCAGCCGGGCUAGUAGCCGGAUGAGCAGCCGGGCUAGGCCAGACGAUCUGGAUGUGUAAACCUGCCUGGCGGCCUGGGAACCAGGAAACAAUCACUUAGGUUUAAACAGGAGUUGAGGGUAACCUCUGUUAAUGUCUGUCAUAGAGACUCUUUAGUUCAUCAAGAGACAUUCAAACUUAUGUAACACUGUCAAAAGGUACAAAUUGGAAAUAGUUUUUAAUGACUUACCAUACGCUUUUGUCACCUAAUCUAGCCUUAACAGAGCACACCCGUAGAAAUGGGUGGAAGGCAGAAGUGAUGCUGAGAUCAAUGGAACACGGCCGUCAAUAGUCAAUAAGAAUUAUUUGGCUAAAGUUUGUUAUAUAUUUAAGAAGUGCCCCAUAGUAUUGUGUAGUCAUUGCAUUAUAUGCCAGUAGUGACCAAGGUUUGUCAGCCAUAUUUCCGCCAAGCUCAGUUUGAUUCACUAUGAUAUUGUUAAGUACUCUACAGUAAACUAUGAUUUUAAUGAUGAUGAUUAAAUCCAUUUGAAUCCACACUAAAAAUGUCAUUUACAAAUCAUGCAAUAUCACAAUCCUCUUCCCAUUCAUACUGUAGGUGAAAAUUCUCCAUCGAGCAAUCAACACUGGACCAUUAAUCUACCAUUGUGGUCUGUCCACAAACCUAAUUGGAAUUUAUUAGGGGCGAUCGUGUUCAUUAUUAUGUUAGCAACAGGGCAUUAACAGGAAUUUGGGGCCGCAUGCAAGGUAUCAGGUUGGGUCACUCCCUGUCAGUUAUGGGCCCUGAGAAUUAUCAUGACUUUUCUCCCCCUUACAGUGCUCUGGCUAACUUAUUGAGUUAGUAGUCUCACUUUACCGUCCCACUCAACCAGCCCCACCCCAAAAAACAAAAAAACAAAAACAAACAAUCUAACCAUCCAAUUGUAACACUGGAAUUCUUUGCGACUUGGAAAGUGAACCCAACUGGAAAAAACGCUUGGUUGACUCACAAUGGUAGUAAGUUCUGAAUGUUAUGUUUCACAGUAAUAACAGCGUGACUUUGGACAGUUAUUUUAUUACUGCUAAAUGGUAAAGCCUCAUGCAGAUAUCAUUAUGUUUUGUAAACAUGAUAAUAUUAGGUGGAGGUGGUGGUACUGUAGGUAUAAUUAAGGUGGAGUAGCUGUGGAGCGCUGGCCUCACAGUUCUGAGGACCAGGAUUCAAAUCCUCCUCGCCUGUGUGGAAUUUGCAUGAUAUCCCCGUACCUGCGUGAGUUUUCUCCUGGCACUCCGGUUUCCUCCCACAUGUCAAAAAUCUGCAUUAAAUGGAGACUCUAAAUUGUCUUUAGGUGUGAUUUUGAGUGUGACUGUUGUCUGUCUCCAUAUGCCCUGCAAUUGGCUGCCAACCAGUCCAGGGUGUAACCUGCCUCCUGCCCAUUGACUGCUGGGACAGUCUCCAGCACUCCAGUGACCUUUGUGAUGAUAAGCGGUUCAGAAAAUGGAUGGGUGAAUAAUAUAAUUAAGAGUUGAAGUGUCAACAUUGAAAAAGCCCAAUGUACUGUAAAUGCCCCGUAUUUUUCCAUUAACAGGAAGCAGUCAUACGCACGUGGGUCCUCAUGUGCACGUAUCUUGGUGAAAAAUUGCAAAACAAGGUUUUGUGGAAAUUGUUUGAUAUUUAUUGUUUGGGAUGAGAUGGAAAGAUAUGGCUCAGAUAAUGAAUUGACUACUAUUCAGCAAUUCUUACUCAUUGUUCUCAUAUUACUUCAAAGUUAGUCUGGAUUGUUUUUUUUUCCUGAUAAACUUUGAAUUUCUGUGGCGUUUCAUUCUGUGGAUUUAUGUUUUUCUUUUAGGAGUGUGUGAGUGGCAGGAUUGACAGAUUAGGCUGUUUUGACAGCAGUGUUCUUUUGUAAGUUGUAUCAGUUGGUCAAGUCAUUGAUUCCUUUUUGAUAUUUUAUGGCAGGUAGCGAGACUGCCGGAAUAUUUUUUUUCCACAUCUGAGUGAGUAAUUUUGUUUGUGUUUUUUGUCCUUGAGAUUUGCUGUCAGCGUUGCUGCUUGAGAAAUAGUUAGUAGUGUAAAUCAAGCUAACAGACACAAUGAAAAUGUGAGUUUUUGGAAGACUUAUUGUAGAGCUGGACUAAUAUUUAGUCAGUUAUAUUAAAAUACUUGUCAAUGUAGCUCCACAACUCCAAACAUUAGAAAUUUCAAUUUGUGCUUUACAAAUAAGUCAUCAUUCUGUUGGUACUUACAUGUUAUAGAUCUUUCAGCUACAAUGGCAUUUGCACUGAGAUCUACUGUAGGUGAUAAAGAUGUGUUAAUGUGACACACCCAAAACAUGAAUUUUGUUAUAUAAAUCUUGCUAAUGUAAUUUAUAACUGUAAAUCACUACAGUACGAGAUAUCCGACUACUACUUCACACUAUUUGUUCUGACCAGAUGUUAAUAAUCCACUGACAGAAAAGGAGCAAAAGUCAUUUGUUACAGUAGUACAGAGAAUGCUAGUCCAUGUCUAGUAUAGUGUAAGUGCUUGAUAGCAAAGCAAUCACUCAUUCAUUGUAUCUAUGAACAGUAUUUUAAUCAAUAAAUGUUCCUUCAUUCCUAAUUAUCUAAUGAAUAUCUUAUUUUUCUUUUCAUUUCACUGUUCAAGCCAUGUUUUAAGUUGACACCAUAUCAAUUAAUCACAUGCAUUUUUUUCUUUUUCCAUUUGUUGUUAUACAGCAUGAAAAAGUGGUUCAUGAACACACCGAUCAAUGAACUUAUCUGGACCAAAGUUUUGCCUUGGUUCAUGCAAAAAUCAAGAAAGCAGGAUGAAUUGAACCCAAUGUUUGCACUUGUGCCCCAGCUUUACAUGUUAGACAAUGUAUUUUAUUUUCUGAAGAUUAGGUCAAAACAUUGUGUUGCGACUGCAUGAACAAAAGCGCAAACCAGGGUCAGGUAUGUGUUUUCAAAUUGCAGUGAAAUUGCACAUUGGUGGUCAUUUGACAUCAUUUCCUCUGGCAAAUGCUGACUGACUUCAUGCUAACCUGCUUUUGUGCCAUUUCAUGAAAUAGUAAAACUUGUUAGGAGCAGUCAAGCACUUGUUUAAAGAUAUCUAUUAUCUAUUUCCCAUGCCCAAUUUGAAAACACUGUUCCUUUGUGUUGGCAUUCUACCAUCUCUCCAACGUAUUUUUUGCCACAUUUUCUUAAAGAACAUUAUCAAUAUUGUAUCUUUCAUGACAUCCAUAUGUCACAAUGUCUAUAAAAUAAAUUUUUAUUUUACUUUA